UGGUCGACCAGGUUCAUAAGUUAAGUUAAUGGCUCGUGAUUUCGGUAGUUGACGAGUAGUGUUUUAGUGUGAAAUAUUGUUAUUUACGAGUUUUCUCGGAGAAGUCCGACUCUUUUACAUCCAGCUUCUUCUUCAGAUGCCCAGUGUGAAGGACGAAUCUGAAGGAGAGGGAGAGGAGAUGUCACACGAUAGCAAUGACAGUAAUCAAAGUACAGCAUCCUGCGACAGCAGUGCCGAGCACACCGACAGCGAUGAUUCUUCCGAAAUGGACGAGGAAGAGUGUGAGAGACGGAGGAACGAAUGUAUGGAAAAUCUAGUCGAUCUUGAAAGACAAUUUACUCUUUUAAAGGAACAAUUAUAUCGUGAACGUAUCACGCAAGUUGAUACGAAACUUGGCGAAGUGCGUGUCGGGAAGUCGGAAGAAUAUUUAAUUCCAUUAGAACGACUUAAAGAGAAUAUGAAGACUAAGACUGAAGUUGCUGGAAUUCUAAAGCAAUUGAGACUGCAGAAUAUUCAAAAUAAAUUCCUAGCCGAGGAGCAGGCAGCGUUGCAAAACUUUCAGAGUGAGAAGGAACUGGUUUGGGAUGCCAUCCACAGUGAUCUUCAGGAAAAAAUUCGUAGACUGGAAGAGGACAGGAAUAACGUAGAUAUACAUGCAGACUUGUGGUUAAACUCAAGCGGUAGAAGGCACAGAAAUCAUUCCGAGAGAAGAAGAGCAGUCUCCGUCGCAGGACCUUACAUCGUUUACAUGCUCAACGAUGCAGACAUACUGGAAGACUGGGCCUUAAUAAAAAAGAGCUUAAGCAGUCGGAAGACAGAGAUCCUCUAGUCCAGCAUUUUUGAAAGGUUCCUGUCGGAUAUCGAAGAGGUAACCAUCAAAGAAAAUAUAGCGUGAUACGUUGUACCUUAUCCGAGUAUGCUGUUGUUUCGUCUUUUGGUCCCGAAGAACGUCUCGUGAUGUUUUCCAUCGUUUAUGUUCAAUCUAACUUUUUGUUCUAUUUUCUAACUAUUUCCUAACGAACGUCGGGAACUUUGGAUGAAUUCUGGCAUCAGGAUGUGCAUUUUAGAACGUAAGGUUAUAGUAUAUAAGAAAUGUAAUAUUUUUCAAUAAAUUUUACUCGAUAAACGCGA